ACGCGUUUUGGAAGGGAUUUUGCGUCUCUGCCGCCGAGCGUCGACGAGGAGCCGGCAGAGCCAUGAGCGCCGGCGUGGAUGGGGGCUGCGAGCGGUGCCGCUGCCACGGCAGGGACGGGCACCCCGCCAUCCUGUACACCCUGCUGAGCCAGGAGCUGCAGCCCGGCGCGGCCCGGCAGCGCUGCCCGUGCCGGCAGCGCCGCGCCGUGUGCCUGCGCUCGCCGCAGCUCACCUGCCGGGCCGCCUCCCACGUGCUGCUCAAAACCAUCAGCUUCGUGAGAAACGUCGCCGCCUUCCGCCUGCUGCCGCGGGAGGACCAGCUGCUGCUGCUGGACAGCUGCUGGGUGCCCCUGUUCCUGCUGGGGCUGGUGCAGGACGUGGUGACCUUCGAGGUGACGGAGGCGCCGGCCCCCAGCAUGCUCAAGAAGAUCCUCCUCAGCGGGCAGAGCAAGGGGCAGGAGCCCGAGGGGACACAGCCCACGCUGGCGGCCGUGCAGCGGCUGCAGGGGUGCCUCAACAGCUUCUGGAGGCUGGACCUGAGCCCCAGCGAGUUCACCUACCUGAGGGGAGCCAUUCUCUUCAAUCCAGACAUCCCCGGGCUGCGGGCCGCGCCGCGCAUCCAGAGCCUGCAGCGGGAGGCGCAGCGGGCGCUGCGGGAGCUGCUGCGCCCCGAGCAGCAGGAGCGCUUCUCGGACAUCCUGCGCCUGUCCUCCUCGCUGGGAUCCGUCCCCGCCGCCCUGGUCACGGCGCUGUUCUUCCAGCCGGUCAUCGGGGGCGCGGCCAUGGGCGCGCUGCUGGCCGAGAUGCUGUUCGCGGUGCCGGGCUGGCCGCUGCCGCGCUGAGCGGGGCCGGCGCCGCUCCGGAGCGCCAUCCCCGCAGGGCUCGGCAGCUCCUGCUCCGCCUGGGCUGGUCUCCCAGCGGGCAGAGGGUUCUCUGCUCCCGGUUUUCGCUCGUUCUGCUGUGAGCUGCCAGCAGUGAGGGCUGUGCUCAGCUCUGACAGCCCGCCGGCCGAGGGCUCGCUACGGAAUCAGCUCCGGGUCUGGCUUCCGUGCUUGGAAUCCUAGAAAUGCUCAGGACGUUUCUUCAGGGAAAAAGCCAGAGUGUGAAACCCUACAGGGUGCACAGACUCACCCCUCCUUUCCUUAGAUUCUCUCUUUCCUCCGAAAUUCCAUGAAAUACAACGGGAUUAAGAGCACUUAGCAGCACCUGAACCUACUGCGCCUCCUGUGGGGCUCUGGGCUUUCCUGUCCGUGUGAGAAGUUAAACCCGAGCCGAGCUGGUUUAGGGGGAGAUGCAAACCUCCCUCCCUGGAGCCAGAGCCAGGCGCACACCUGGCACACUCGCUCCUCCCGCCUCCCCCAGGUGAGGGGUCAGUAUUUUAUAAGAGUACAUUCGCGUGGUUUGUACAGAAGAUGCAAUAAAUUAUUUUUUUAAUAAAA